GAGAGAGAGAGAGAGAGAGAGAGAGAGAGAGAGAAAAAAAAGAAACCGAACCAAGUGUGUGAAGAAAGAGAUCGAAGAAAAGAACAAAGUAACAAACAUAGACAAUUAAGACCAUUAGAAAAAUAAUAAAGAAACAGGAGAAAAAGAAGAAAAACAAAACAAGGAGCACACUAAAGCAAGACACUCAUGAUGGCCACGAGAAAGCAGAAUGGCAUGGUGAUGGUGGUGAUGGCAACGAUGAUGAUGGCCGUGGCGGUGAUGGUAGUAGAGGUGGAGGGUUACGAGUGCACAGUGAUGAGGGGGGACUGUCGCCUGGUGAGCGAUGAGGAGGACGGGGUGGUGACACGGAACAUCUCCUGCUACUGUGAAUACGGCGAGGAAGUGUCACAGCCGUUGCAUCAGUUGACGAAGGCCAAGUGUCUGCAGGAGCCCGGAGGAGAGGUCAACAUUUCCAUCCUGCACAUCAACGGUUGCAGUGUCUCUCGUGUGUUCCCUGUGUUUUUGAUUACCAAGUGUCGGGCGUCCGCUCAUCUGGUGAUCUAUGUAAAGGACAGUCCCUAUAUAUCCCUCCCUUCCCAUAACUACUACACUAUCUCCCGCACUGCCCCAGCCCCGCGGACCAUCACCGCUACCUUCAUUCAGAGUAACGUAAGCGGGAUGCCUGAGGGAGUGGUGAACGGAGCUACAGAGCGCGCUGUGGUGAGGGUGGAGGGCGGGAAGAUGGAUGUGCUAGAAACUCGCUCUUUCUCCGGCUACCCUCGCGACGCCCAGGUUUCCGUGAGCUUCAAGGACACACAAAUCCUGACUGUGAAGCAGGGGGCAUUCGACUUACCACCUACCGCUCAACUAAAGGUGGAAGGAGGAAAGAUGGUGAGGGUUGAGACGUAUAGCUACUCAGGCGGCGCUAAGCUCUUUCUCAGCGGCGUGGUUGUGGGUAAUCUGCUGCCCUCGGCCGUCAACAUCUAUGGCCUCAUGAAACUUAGCGUGGUGAACUGUACCAUGGCCGUUGUGUAUGCCAAUGCUUUCACACACCGCGCGCCAACCUACGUCAGGACUAUUACUGGAGGACAGGAGGUACUGGAAGGAAGUGAGGCGAUCUUCUCAGGAAACAGACUUACGAGUGGCAACGGCGAAGCCUUCGCUAGCCUCUGCAGUGUGGACAAGCUCUCGUGGCAGAACAAUUACGUGCGGGGCUUUAGUGACAUGCCCCUCAGAUUCCAGAACGCGAGGUGCACCACGAAGAGGGACUGGGCACAGGUGUUCUCCCUCAACGGACUCUCCUGCAUCAACUGCACAGACUUUGCCAAUCCGGACAAGCAGAGCUGCGGACUGUACGAGAGUGGCCACUGCAACGGCUGCGAGAAGGAAAUGGACGGUUGCAACAAACCCAUCCUGCCUUACCUCACCGACAAGUGCCGUGCCUCCCACCCAGACAUCGCUCGGGACCUGAAGAACACCUGCAACAUCAACGCCUACAGGAGAACCGCCAAGGCACUCCCAGUGCAAGACAAGGAGGAGGUAACCGGGGCGUCUGCUUCGUUCAUGCCUCUGUCUUCCAUAGUGACUCUGGCGGUGGCAAUGCUGGUGGUGGCGCCAGAAUGAGAUUAUUUUGAAACACCCUACGGUGCACUUCAAUUUCUUUCAAAAGGUUCUAAUUAAUCAAGGCGUCUUCUUCCUAGUGAUUCUUUUUAAUUCAUUUUAUCAAUUUCUAUGUUUAACUUUUUUUUUGUAUACAUGUCAAGAAGACUUGUCAGAAGUACAUAAAAUGAAAGAAAAAGGAAAAGAUAAAUACUCUGCUUCUCACUCCCCAAAAGUGUCAAAGAAACAGUUCAGGGUUUUUAAGGUUUUAGUGGCAUAUUUUUCACAUUAUCGUCAGGGGGAACAGUAUUGAGAACUCGGCUAAGCAUCUCAGUAGUCUUAGGAAAUUUUUUGAUGAAAGAGCAAGGCGUUUCUGAAUGCAGGACUAAAAGAGGUGGAUUCAAGCACUCUCGCAUUUCUUUAUUCUCUAUCUUUUCUUUUUAUAUAUUCUCUUUUUAUUUCUUCCAUCAUUUAAAGAAGCGUGUGUCUGCAUGUAAAAAGUUGUUUGUCUAUGUGUGAGAGCCUUUCAAACCUUUUCCUGUAUUUGCACGCGGCGUCUUCAUCCCAGUGAUUCUUUUCAACUUCUUGAGUACCAUAACGCGUUUCCAUAUUCAUUCUGCUUACUAUUUGGUGGCUUUAUAUGGCUUCAAAAAUCUUUGUGGGGCAUUAAGAAAGUGAAGAAUGUGGUCAUUAAUCUUCUUACCUUCACAGACCCUUCCCAAUGUCAAUGAAAUGGUUUAAUCGUAUAGAAAUCUUAAGGUAAACACGUGUUCCAUUAUAGAAGGGGUUAAUGCAUUUAUUAAUCUCUGUUUAUUUAUAUUUUAUACAUGUCAAGAAAGCUAAUCAAAAAUACAGAAAAUAAUGGAAGGGGGACAAAGAAGAAAAAACUCAUUUCUCACUCCCCCAAAAAGCCAAGGAAACAAUAAAAACAAAUGCAGAUGUCCCAAAUAAACCAGCACAUUACCACCGCACCAACGCCCUCCAGCUUCCCGCAAGCAACAGUAACCACAUAUUGCACCUUCCUCCGCCUUCAUGUUUUAGUAUUGUUCUGAAUGAAUGCAGAGUGGUGUCCACAGCAAACACUCUACUGAGGAUCUAAGUGGCUUCUGCUGUUUGAUAUUCACUUGUUCUUGCUUGUUCUGUGUGUAUGAGAGAAAGAGAGAGAGAGAGAGAGAGAGAGAGAGAGAGAGAGAGAGAGAGAGAGAGAGAGAGAGAGAGAGAGAGAGAGAGAGAGAGAUUUUGAUGGUGAUAUUAAUUCAUUAGCAUUAGUGACACAAAUGUACUGCACGUCACAAUUGUCCACCCCACUUAGAGACAACACGGUGGCUCCAGUGUGGCUCACGUCUGGCUCCUCAGACACGCUUAUCAUGAAUGGAGACAAACACGUGAACAUCCCUACACUGUCUUAUAUACUAUAUACUUACAUAUGUAUAUGAAUAUUAGUUAUUUGAGCUUAUACAUAUUGAUUACAUAAUAUUGUAUAACUGAUAUUUACAUUGCCAAAUACAUUACGCGUAGAAUGUAGAUACAACAGCUUGACAUAUUUCCAUUGUUAUCUGUAUGCGUUGAUGCUUUGAAAAGACGCUUUACAUAUUGAUGACGUAUACUGAUUCCUGUGAAAACAUUUGUUGUUUUAAUUUUAAAGAAAACAUAAAAUCAAAGAAAUUGCUUGUCACACACACAACAUGAGGUGUGGGUGGCACAGUGUACAGCUUACAACACACAGUACACACCUUUCUGUUCGCUGGUGUUUAAUUUCGCUUAUGAUGCCACACAUCUUUAAUCUUCGAUACAUUUAUAUUAACUUUCCAGACCACACAUUCAUUAACGUGUACAAAUAAUUAUUUUGCAGACUAAAUGCAUUGAAUUUGUUAAGUGUCGAGCAGGACAGGGCCAGAAGAAUCUCAUUUAUAACAGAUCAGUUUAGAAUUAAAAUGUUUGUAUUGUCUAUAUCUAAUUAAGAUUAUUAGGUUUUAAACAGUUUAUAUUAAUUAAAUGUUUCUGAGAUUAUUCAUCAUACAAACUUUUUUCCACAAGAAACUUUAUAUCCUUCACUUUUGUUCACAAUAUCGCAAGUUAUCAGAUAAGUCGCCAGCACAAUUCAAAAUAUCAUUAUAUGUCUCUGCAAUAUUAUUAUCAAUAUAAUUUAAUUCCGCUGCUCGCCAAGGGUGUCAUUAAGUGUUCUCCAAGUCACUGUGGUAUUUCGUGGUGUAUCUUUUGAGAUAAAAUUUUUGAUACUUUUAUGACAAUUUCAUAUUUCUACUUGAUUUUUUAUCUAUCUUUCCAUGUAUUCUCUUAUCCAUACAAUAUGAAGCAAGUUUGUAUGAAUUGUACGUCUCUCUAAAUAAAAACAGGCAUUUCAUUACAA